AAUUUUGAAUUGGGAGGAAUUCGUUGGAAAAAGUUUGACGAACCGCUUGAGUUGAUAGAUUGUAAUAUUUGACGAAUCUUCACAAAACACAAGAUUGAGACGUGAUUGUUUUCAGCAUAUUUUCACAUUUCAGUACAAAGCACUAUUUGCCACCAUGUUUGUUGGUCAGACUGAUGACAUCAUAGUGACGUCAGAAGCAAAAUGGCUGGGUGCAAAUAUACUCAAACUCAAAUUCAUUAAUGUAAAGAAAGCACAUUUCUUUCAACAAUGGGGAAAAUACGACGAACAAGGACUAAAAGACAUAUCGAAGCCAUCAAGAGACCUUCAAAUAGCGAGAGUUGUAAUUUUGACCCUAAUGAAUCUGGACUUCCAGCAUUAUUUUCUAUCAAUAAUUUGUUCCAAGUCUCAUGCGAUGAAACCAAGAAGGUUGAGAAACCGAUGCAGGAAUCAUCAAAUGCGAAAGUUGUUCAAAAAGAGGUUUCAACCUGCAACAAAAAUGAAAAAAGAAAAUCAAGACAUGAAGAAUUUUUGAAAAAGCUUGAAGCAAGCAAAGUCAAAGAGAAAAAUCUCAUAGCAACAAGGAAGCGAGAAAAGACAGUGAUAACAGGUGAUCUCAAUCCAUUGACGCAAGCUUUAUUGGAGAUCAAUAAAAUACCUGUUACCAAGCCAGAUAAGAAAAGAAGGAAAAACAAAAGGAGGAAGAAAACAUCAAGUCAACAGAAAAGACUCAAUUCACAGUUAUCGGACAUGGAGACAUUUCAAAAAGUUCUAGACCAUCCUGUCUUCAAAUCCAGUCCACUUGAGACUAUCAGUGAACAUGUUUGUAAUAUGAUCCAAUGCGAGAAAGAUGUAUAGUCAUCCACAUUCAAAUACCAUGAGUAAUGUUUGACAAGAACAUGUCUAAUGACUGUGUCCAUGAUAUAUACAUUGCCUCCUCAGUUUCAGAAGGUUAGAAGAAAGUCAUGGAUAAACCAUUAUCAUCAUUAACUGAGGAAUUUGUUUGAAAUAUACUAACGAAAAAUGAAAACAACACGAGACACAAAAACAAGUUAAAUAACAGCAAACAAGAAACAAAAAACAAUUCACAAGACGAUACAAAAAGAACUUUGUGGUAACAUAAAUAUUUAUAUCUGGACUGAUAGCUCGCUCCUUCAACAAAGUUUUGAAAUCAUCGCGAAUAGGUAUGUGCAAUAAAACUAUAACCAUCGCUCAUAUAAGGAAAAGAUAUAUCAUGUUAGGAACAGCAUUACAGUCGAUAUAAAUGAAGUAAAACAAAGUAUUCUUAAAUCUUCAUCGACGAAAAUAUUAUGCUCCUUCGUCUCGGACUUAAACUAAUGAGUGAUUUGUUUACGUUACAUGACGUUGAGAUUGAGCAAACACUAUAAUGCGGGCUCAUUAGUCGACACAUUGGAGAAGGACAAGUAUACAUCAUGGUAUUCAUUCGGUGAGAGGGGACAAUGGAGAUGACAACGAUAGAAAAUUGAUUUUCCAUUGCACAGGGGAGGCCUCCAGACUUUCUGGCUGUAGUAAUCCAUGAUUUUUUCCACUCAUCACAACAGUGCAACAUUUCCAAAGAAAACUUUGCACUAAAAAUUACCACUAAAAUUUCAACCUGUGGGUAAAGAUGUCAUUUUCUUUAUUAAGUACGAUGCAUACACUACAUAUUUACGACAAACAAACGAUAGUAACGUAACUCCUAUCAUCGUUACACGUGGCUUGAAAUUGCUUUAUAAAAGCGAAUAACAUUGUUAUCUCGCUUAAUAUUAAUAAAACCUAAAUUUCCUGGAUAAAU